AACUUCAAUCUUAGUCAAACAACUCGCCAGCAUUGGAAACGAAGUUCCAGAAGUUCCAGUGGCAGAAGGCACCGAUUGCCAUCGGAAAGCCUGUUGGUUGCUGCUCUAUUACAAUCUACAGUUCAUAAGUUUGUGGUCCGAGCAGAAGAUCCUGGGACGCAGCAGGAAAGGGGUAGAAAGCAGUAUGGCAGGGUCGGAGGGUGCGCUGGCGGCCCCUCAAGCGUCCGGGGAAGGCUUGGCUCAAGACCGCAGCAAGAGUGGCACAGUACAAGCUGAGGCUCCCAAGAAGAAAAUCUGCUGCGCUUGCCCUAACACGAAGAGGCUACGAGAUGAGUGCAUAGCGCUCAACGGGCCAGACUCUGCGGAGUGCCUUGUGCUGAUAGAAGCCCACAAAGUCUGCUUAAGAUCGGAAGGUUUCAAGGUAUAGUGAUGGAGCCAGUUUUGUCAGAAUUUUGAUCUAGCUAACAACAACAUAAGUCCAGUAGGAAACAGAACCUGCAAAUUUAACUGAGUCUUUAACCUUGCUGCGUACAUAAUGACGUGACUUUGUGCCUGCCAUCAUAGUCGGGGUUUCUGGCCAGAGCUUCUGACCGGGAGGAUACAAGUUGAAUGGUUCUUUCUGAUAUCGUUUGAAGCACGCAAUAAGCAGGAGUCAAAAACUAGUCCCAUAUCGUCGAGGUACAUUCUCAUCUUGAUCGCUCGUAUUUUUCAGCAUUUUUUGAAGAUGUGGCCUUACUUGAGUUCGAGUGUGGUGUUAGAGCCUGAGCGUGUGGCGCUAAUGUCACAAAGACAAUCAGCGAAAGUAGUUUCAUUGUAGUCUUUGAAGUGCUAUCCACAUUGGAUUGCAACCUCAGGGGAGGACUGACAGGACAUAAUAUGGCCACAAGGCUGUACGUUCAGUUUCUUAUAGAGGCGUUUUGAUCCAAAAGCUGCCGCCUAUGUGUGCCACAUUGAAGCUCAAACUAUGCAGUAAGCAGGCUAUUCCAUGUUAGUCAGUGUCCACUGCGGAGUUGCCAAUGCAGACUCACCAACUAUAACAGGCUGGAU